AUGAACGCUGACACCCUGAGGCUAAACCUGAUCGAGCUGGCGAGAACCGGAAGUAGGCUGGUAGGGGUGGCUGGCCACGUAGACUUCAUGUGCCAGGAAGUGGAAGCCGCCGACCCCAUCACCUUUACUACCCCAGCCUCUCAUCUGGACAAGGGGAAUGUCCAGAAACACUUGGGAACAAGCAGUCCAGGAGGAAUUCAACUGGAGAGGAAUGGACUGGAAAUGGCGCAACCAGCUGGUACAGGAUCGGGACUCUUGGAUCAGGAUCUACAACCAGGAACCCCUCACACAAUAUUCAUAUUA